UGGGGGAAGAAUGUCCUUAAGUAGCCUAGCAGUUCCAGUGAUGGCUGGCAGCCAUGGUUUCGUAUAGGCGCUGAGCAUUCGCAGUUACGGAAACGGCCGGCGUAUACGGAAGGCGUACCUCCUAGCGUCGGUGUUGCCAGACUGUUCGCCUCGUCGUUGCCAGACUGUUCGCCUCGUCGCUUUGUUACGAAUCUUCGGCCUCAAAAUGUCCUUUUACCGCUUGGUAUAGUUCUUUGUUUUGAUCGGGAACUUAUCCGUCCCAGCAGCCACCGAUAGCAUAUUGGCCAGAUUCCUCGCGUCUAUUCGCUCCACAAGUCCCGAUAUAGUCUCAAAUCUCCGCACUCCUCGAUAGAUCGUUCAUUUUCCGGCCACCGCUAGCAGCAGUCGCCAGUCCAUCCCUCACCCCCCAUCUCCCCCGCAUCCUCCCCAUCCCCCCCUCGUCUCCCCCAUCCACCCCCCAUCCGCCCGCGGCCCACUCCCAUCCUCCUCUAUUUCCCCCUAUGUUCACGUCAACCACUCGCCGGCAGCCGGGCGGCAGCGGCCCGCCUGGCGGCCGGCACCGCGGGCUCCUGACCCUCAACUCCACCUUCAGCGCGUCCGUCCCCUCCGGCGCCUCGUCCUCCUCCUCCGCGGCCUCCUUCUUCUCCUGGCUACCCUUCGUUAAUGUCACAUCAUACCGCCGCGUAUCCACGUCCUCCACCUCCGCGCCAGGCCCGCUGCGAUCGCCGGGUCGCAGCACUGGUGGCGGCGGCGGAGGGGGAGGCGGAGGGUCGUUUCGGCUGAGCAUGCCGGGGGUGGUGGGGGGCGAUGUCGCGGGGACGGCGGACAAGCGGCGAGGGGGCGUGGCCGUGUGCUGCGUGCUGCUGCUGCUGCUGAUCGCGCUGGUGUCGGGAGGUGGAUCGGCCAUUUGGGAUGCGUUCUCCUCGGGCCCGUCCUACGUGUCUCUCUCCGCCACGGCCGACCCCGCGUCGCUUCGCGCCGAGCGCGUCUUCACACAGCCGCCGUGGCGCAUCAGGGACGGCAGCGAGGCGGGGUACCUGUACGGCUGGACGGGCCCCGCGCUCGCCUACCGCAUGGCGUGGAAGCAGCCCGCUAGCCACGGAGGGAGCGCGGGGAGCGGGGGGGGCGCGGGGGGCGCGGUGUCCGCGGACGAUUUCGCGCAGGCGAUGCGCGUGGGCGGGGUGCUGCGGCGCGUGGGGGUGUCUACAGUGGCGGCGAGCGGGCAUACCCUGGCAGUGACUCCCGGGGGCGUGGUGCUGUCGUGGGGGCGCGACUGGGACGCGCGCAGGCGGCCCGCGGGGCUGCUAGGGCGCGCCGAUGGCGCGUUCUGGCGGCCUGCGCCCGUGGAGGGGCUGACGGGGGAGGGGCAAGUGGUGGCGGUGGCUACUGGGCAGUAUCACUCUGUGGCUGUGAUGGAGAGUGGGAGGGUGUUCACGUGGGGGCUGAAUAACAGGGGGCAGCUGGGCCGGCCGACAAAGAGUAAAGAGGAGGGCUUCCGGCCUGGCCUGGUGGGCGGGCCGCUGUCCCACGAGCGCAUCCUGGCGAUCGUGGCGGGGCGCUACUUCACGCUCGCCAUCAGCCAGCACGGGCGCCUCUUCACCUGGGGCGCCAACCUCUACACGGGCGACGCGCCCUGGCAGCACGAGUACGACUCGGGCUUUGAUGACGACGCUGCUGAUGGCAGCGGUGGUGAUGGGUCUGGCACGAGCAGCAGCAGUGGGGACAGCAGCAGCAGGGCAGCGUGGCGGCAGCGGCUACUGAACGCCGCGCUAGCAGCAGCGCAGCCACGGGUGGUGGAGGCAGGGGUAGAGAGCGAGCAGAUAGUAGAGGUAGACGUGGGCACAGACCACUGGGUGGCACUCACAGGGUCAGGGAUAGUCCUAGUCUGUAGCACUGGGUUCAGCCCUCAGGGGAUCCGCAUCAACCUGGAACAGCACCGGUCCUGGCUGGGAGUGGGCCCCUCUGCUCCCCUUGACCGGCCGGCCCCUGUGCGCGUCCCGCCCCAUCUAGGCUCCCACCCUGGUGGUGCUGGUGGUGGUGAGGGAGGGGGGAGCGGGCCGGAGGUGCAGUCCGUGGCAGCGGCGCACCAUACGACGUUUGCGGUGACGUCGGAUUACAAGGCGGUGUCGUGGGGGGAGCCGGGCCCGCUGUUGGGGCGGGAGUGGGGGGAGGGAGAAAAGCAGGUGCCGGCUAGUAGGCCAGGGGUUGUGGGAAAUGGCCUGGAGCAGCAGACUGUGGAGCAGGUGUCGGCUGGGGAGGGUUUUGCUGUGGCGAGAAUGAGCCAUGGGGUGGUGUACUCCUGGGGCGACAACCAGCACGGGCAACUGGGCCGCCCAGCGGCCGCCCAGGACCCCACGCCAGCGCCCGUGCAGGGCCUGGCGCACCUGGAGGUGCUGCUCGUGGUGGCGGGGUCCCAGCAGGGCCUCGUGCUGUGCCGCGCGCUGCAGGGCUCCGACUCCGAUCUAGAGGCCCAGGAGUUCGACGAUACUAAGUUGCUAAAUGAGGAGCACGUCUCGCCCGCUCUGCUGCCUGAUCCUGACGCUGCUGUCCUCCCUGCUGCUGCUGGUGGUGCUGCUGCUGCUGCUGUUGUGGGGGGUGAUAGCGGAGGAGCAGUAGGAGGGGGGAUGGGCCCAGGAGGAGUGGAUGGAUCUGAGAGUGUGGGAGCCGCAUCAGGGGCCAUAGGAGGGGGCGUGGCGCGGGACAUGUGGUUCAAGUUCGGGGAGGAGUUCAAGCUGCUGCCAAGGGACGGCAUGGAUGGCAGCAUGAGGAACCCGUGCUGGCGCGUGCAGGGGAAUGCGGGGGAGGUGCACUGCCUGCCGUACUUCCUCAUCAUCGGAGCCACCAGGGCCGGCACCCAGGACCUAUACCGCAAGCUCACCUCGUCCAUCAUCCCAGGCAUUUUCCCAGCUGCCAUCCCCAACCCCCAGUGGUGGGACCGCAACGGGGCAAAGGAUUUCGCGUGGUACGUGUCCCUGUUCGACGAGGCGGCGCAGCACAUAGUGAACACGGGGGGCAGCGGGGUGACAGGGGAGGCGUCGAGCACGCUGCUGACGAGCUCGGGCGUGGUGCUGCGGGGGCGUGUGGACGAGCGGCACACCGUGCCGCAGCUGCUGCACCUGGUGCUGCCCCGAAGCAAGUUCAUCGUCAUUCUGAGGAACCCCGUUGACAGGUUCUUCUCCGAGUUCAAUCUGGCUGCUGCUGUGAACCCCUCACCUGCUGUUCCCAGAGACUUUGUCAAAUACUCUCGAGAUGCCACAGCGCGCAUGAGGGCAUGUGUGGAGAUUGAGGGGGUGCACGCAUGUGUGCGCAAGCUGUUCCGAGACAUGCCGGACCUAUGCGGCUCCAUGUACUCCUACUUCAUACAGGACUGGUUCCGUUCCUUCCACCCUCAAUCCUUCCUCUUCCUGCGCUUUGAGGACUACAUGGCCAAUCCGCGCCCGCACAUCGCCACCACCCUCGACUUCCUCGGCUUCCCCCCCGCCGAUAUCGCAGAGGAGCAGUGGGCGGGGGUCAUCGACCUUGAGAGAGUGGAGCAACGGCCGGAGGGCAUGCAGCGCGAGGAGAUGGAUGAGGCCACGAGAGAGUACCUGGAGGCGUUUUUUGCGCCUUAUAAUGAGGAUCUGGUGCGGCUGCUGAAGGAUGAGAAGUAUGCAUGGAAGAGGGAGAGGAGGUGAUACAUCGGUGGGGGGAGGAGGGACAGGGAGGGAGGAAGCCGUGCCGGGGGACGAGAUGGAUGCGAGGACCAAAGAGUAUCUGGGGGCGUUUUUCGCACCUUUUAAGACCUGGCCUGGUGCGGCUGCUGCAUGAAGAAAAGCGCUGCGGGGAGGGGGGAGAGAGGGGGAGAGGCGGUGAGUACUGUAGGAUACCUAACAUACCUGCCAAGGGGAUGUGGGAUUUGAAAGGAAAUUUGGGAGCUACUGAAGAAGAAGAGCAGCAUAGAAGGCUGGGGUAAGGGAGCAGUAAUACUGGUAGUUCAAGGCACCAGCGAAGCAAGUGCAGUGAAGGGUGCCACCUGCACCUGCUAUGGCAAUACCACAUGCGGUUUUCCAUACAGCCAUUAAAAAGGGCAGUCAUACAGCUUUCUAUUCCAGUGUAACACAUAUCAAUACAGCACUUGUUGGGAG